GCUCCGGAGCGGCGGCGGGCAGGGGCCGGGAGGCCGGGGCCGAGCCGCCCGCGCUCCUCUCCCUCGGCGCCGCCGCCGCCCGCGGGGCCGGGACCCGAUGCGCUGUGAGCCGCGGAGCCUGGAGCAGCCGCGAGCGUUUCUGCUUUGGGGCAACCAUCCAUCUAAUUCCUUAAAGUAGUUUUAUAUGUAAAAUUUGCAAAGAAUCAGAACAAUGCCUCCACGACCAUCAUCAGGUGAACUGUGGGGUAUCCACUUGAUGCCCCCAAGAAUCCUCGUAGAAUGUUUACUACCAAAUGGAAUGAUAGUGACUUUAGAAUGCCUCCGUGAGGCUACAUUGGUAACUAUAAAGCAUGAACUCUUUAAAGAAGCAAGAAAAUACCCCCUCCAUCAACUUCUUCAAGAUGAAUCUUCUUACAUUUUCGUAAGUGUUACCCAAGAAGCAGAAAGGGAAGAAUUUUUUGAUGAAACAAGACGACUUUGUGACCUUCGGCUUUUUCAACCCUUUUUAAAAGUAAUUGAACCAGUAGGCAACCGUGAAGAAAAGAUCCUCAAUCGGGAAAUUGGGUUUGCUAUCGGCAUGCCAGUGUGUGAAUUUGAUAUGGUUAAAGAUCCAGAAGUACAGGACUUCCGAAGAAAUAUUCUGAAUGUUUGUAAAGAAGCUGUGGAUCUUAGGGAUCUCAAUUCACCUCAUAGUAGAGCAAUGUAUGUCUAUCCUCCAAAUGUAGAAUCUUCACCAGAAUUGCCAAAGCACAUAUAUAAUAAAUUAGAUAAAGGGCAAAUAAUAGUGGUGAUUUGGGUUAUAGUUUCUCCAAAUAAUGACAAGCAGAAAUAUACUCUGAAAAUCAACCAUGACUGUGUGCCAGAACAAGUAAUUGCUGAAGCAAUCAGGAAAAAAACUCGAAGUAUGUUGCUAUCCUCUGAACAACUAAAACUCUGUGUUUUAGAAUAUCAGGGCAAGUAUAUUUUAAAAGUGUGUGGAUGUGAUGAAUACUUCCUAGAAAAAUAUCCUCUGAGUCAGUAUAAGUAUAUAAGAAGCUGUAUAAUGCUUGGGAGGAUGCCCAAUUUGAUGUUGAUGGCUAAAGAAAGCCUUUAUUCUCAACUGCCAAUGGACUGUUUUACAAUGCCAUCUUAUUCCAGACGCAUUUCCACAGCUACGCCGUAUAUGAAUGGAGAGACAUCUACAAAAUCCCUUUGGGUUAUAAAUAGUGCACUCAGAAUAAAAAUUCUUUGUGCAACCUACGUGAAUGUGAAUAUUCGAGACAUUGAUAAGAUCUAUGUUCGAACAGGUAUCUACCAUGGAGGAGAACCCUUAUGUGACAAUGUGAACACUCAGAGAGUACCUUGUUCCAAUCCCAGGUGGAGUGAAUGGCUGAAUUAUGAUAUAUACAUUCCUGAUCUUCCUCGUGCUGCUCGGCUUUGCCUUUCCAUUUGUUCCGUUAAAGGCCGAAAGGGUGCUAAAGAGGAACACUGUCCAUUGGCAUGGGGAAAUAUAAACUUGUUUGAUUACACAGACACUCUAGUGUCUGGAAAAAUGGCUUUGAAUCUUUGGCCAGUACCUCAUGGAUUAGAAGAUUUGCUGAACCCUAUUGGUGUUACUGGAUCAAAUCCAAAUAAAGAAACUCCAUGCUUAGAGUUGGAGUUUGACUGGUUCAGCAGUGUGGUAAAGUUUCCAGACAUGUCAGUGAUUGAAGAGCAUGCCAAUUGGUCUGUAUCCCGAGAAGCAGGAUUUAGCUAUUCCCACGCAGGACUGAGUAACAGGCUAGCUAGAGACAAUGAAUUGAGGGAAAAUGACAAAGAACAGCUCAGAGCAAUUUGUACACGGGAUCCUCUCUCUGAAAUCACUGAGCAGGAGAAAGAUUUUCUGUGGAGCCACCGACACUAUUGUGUAACUAUCCCUGAAAUUCUACCCAAAUUGCUUCUGUCUGUUAAAUGGAAUUCUAGAGAUGAAGUUGCCCAGAUGUACUGCUUGGUAAAAGACUGGCCUCCAAUCAAGCCUGAACAGGCUAUGGAACUUCUGGACUGUAAUUACCCAGAUCCUAUGGUUCGAGGUUUUGCUGUUCGGUGCUUGGAAAAAUAUUUAACAGAUGACAAACUUUCUCAGUAUUUAAUUCAGCUAGUACAGGUCCUAAAAUAUGAACAAUAUUUGGAUAACUUGCUUGUGAGAUUUUUACUGAAGAAAGCAUUGACUAAUCAAAGGAUUGGGCACUUUUUCUUUUGGCAUUUAAAAUCUGAGAUGCACAAUAAAACAGUUAGCCAGAGGUUCGGCCUGCUCCUGGAGUCCUAUUGCCGUGCCUGUGGGAUGUAUCUGAAGCACCUGAACAGGCAAGUCGAGGCGAUGGAGAAGCUUAUCAACCUGACUGACAUCCUCAAGCAGGAGAAGAAGGAUGAAACACAAAAGGUACAGAUGAAGUUUUUAGUUGAGCAAAUGAGGCGACCAGAUUUCAUGGAUGCUCUGCAGGGCUUUCUGUCUCCUCUAAACCCUGCUCAUCAACUGGGAAAUCUCAGGCUUGAAGAGUGUCGAAUUAUGUCCUCUGCAAAAAGGCCACUGUGGCUGAAUUGGGAGAACCCAGACAUCAUGUCAGAGUUACUGUUUCAGAACAAUGAGAUCAUCUUUAAAAAUGGGGAUGAUUUACGGCAAGAUAUGCUAACACUUCAAAUUAUUCGUAUUAUGGAAAAUAUCUGGCAAAAUCAAGGUCUUGAUCUUCGAAUGCUACCUUACGGUUGUCUGUCCAUCGGUGACUGUGUGGGGCUUAUCGAGGUGGUGCGAAAUUCUCACACUAUUAUGCAAAUUCAGUGCAAAGGCGGCCUGAAAGGCGCACUGCAGUUCAACAGCCACACGCUGCACCAGUGGCUCAAAGACAAGAACAAAGGAGAAAUAUAUGAUGCAGCCAUUGAUCUGUUUACGCGUUCUUGUGCUGGAUAUUGUGUAGCUACCUUCAUUCUGGGAAUUGGAGAUCGUCACAAUAGUAACAUCAUGGUGAAAGAUGAUGGACAACUGUUUCAUAUAGAUUUUGGACACUUUUUGGAUCACAAGAAGAAAAAAUUUGGUUAUAAACGAGAACGUGUGCCAUUUGUUUUGACACAGGAUUUCUUAAUAGUGAUUAGUAAAGGAGCCCAGGAAUGCACAAAGACAAGAGAAUUUGAGAGGUUUCAGGAGAUGUGUUACAAGGCUUAUCUAGCUAUUCGACAGCAUGCCAAUCUCUUCAUAAAUCUUUUCUCAAUGAUGCUUGGCUCUGGAAUGCCAGAACUACAAUCUUUUGAUGACAUUGCAUACAUUCGAAAGACCCUAGCCUUAGAUAAAACUGAGCAAGAGGCUUUGGAAUAUUUCAUGAAACAAAUGAAUGACGCACAUCAUGGUGGCUGGACAACAAAAAUGGAUUGGAUCUUCCACACAAUCAAGCAGCACGCACUGAACUGAAAAGACCGAGAAACUGAAAGCUCACUCUCUGGACUCUACACUGCACUGUUGAUCACUGUCAGCAGGCAAAGACUGAUUGCAUAGGAAUUGCACAAUCUAUGAACAGCAUUAGAAUUUACAACAAGAACAGAAAUAAAAUACUAUAUAAUUUAAAUAAUGUAAAUGCAAACAGGGUUUGAUAGCACUUAAACUAGUUCAUUUCAAAAUUAAGCUUUAGAAUAAUGCGCAAUUCAUGUUAUGCCUUAAGUCCAAAAAGGUAAACUUUGAAGAUUGUUUGUAUCUUUUUUUAAAAAACAAAACAAAACAAAAAUCCCCAAAAUAUAUAGAAAUGAUGGAGAAGGAAAAAGAAUGAUUUUUUUUUUUUUUUUUGUCUUGCAAAUGUUCUAUGUUUUGAAAUGUGGACAUAACAAAGGCUGUUACUGCAUUAGGUCUAAGUAAACUGGAGUUUAUGUUAAAUUAUACAAGAUUGGGAAAAAAUGAACAUUUCUUAUUUUUUCAUUGUAGUUCAAUUUAUAGUUUGAAGUGGGUUUCUGACUCCCUGUUUAAUGAAGAAAAAUGCUUGGGGUGGAAGGGACUCGAGAUUACACCAGAGACUUUUUCUUUUUAACAAAUCAAACCUUUUGGUGAUUUGAGGUCUUACUACAGUUUUGGAAGCAGUCACAAAUGAGACCUGUUAUCAGAUGGUGUUUUUGGGUUUGUUUUUGUUUUUGUUUUUGUUUUGUUUUUUUUUCUGGUCAGUAUUUAAAGGAUCUUAUUAUUUCCCAGGGAAAUUCUGGGCUCCCACAAAGUUAAAAAAAAAAAAUCAUCGUAGAAAAAGAAUGAGCAGGAAUAGUUCUUUUUCCAGAAUUGUACAGUAUUCACCUUAAGUUUUUUUCUCCUUUUGCAAUUGAACUGAAUACAUUUUUCAUGCAUGUUUUCCAGAAAAUAGAAGUAUUAUUAAUGUUAUUUAAAAGAUUAUUUUUUUUAUUAAAGGCUAUUUAUAUUAUAGAAACUAUCAUUAAUAUAUAUUCUUCAUUUCCAUGAUCUGGCCCAUGGUCAUGCCUUGUUUUGCACCCAGAUUUUUCAUUGUUUGUAGCAGCACAGUCAGCUUUCCUCUUGGUCUGUAGAUGAGGCUCAGGCACUAUCCCGUUUAUACCCGUUAACUAGUGUAUAACUGCUUAAGGAAGGCAUAAAUCUUUCCUUUUAUUUCUUCACGUGAAGCCCCCAUCUUCCAUUCUCUUUUAUAGUUGAGAAUGUCUCAAUCAUAUGAAAUUAACACAAUUUAGACUAUCUUCCUGAUUCCUUAAGCCCCUCUUCUGAGGUAUACUCAUGAAUAAUACAUUAAAAUAUGGGGGAAUAGAAACUAUGAACUUUUUACCUAUUUAAACUACUUACCCAUAUCUCCAAAGUAGGACAUUAACCCAUUUUAAGAUCAUGUCCCAUUCCCUAGUAGUCGGGGCUCACUCUCCAACUUCAUUAAAUACUAUUUGAGCGCAGGACACAUUCUUAAUCAUUUUGAAAAACAUUAACCCAAGGUGUAGAGGCUACUGCUAGUCACCAUUCUAGAAUCUCAUCUUUUACUCUGUAUUUGAAAUGAAUGAUUAAUGUCCUAGGAAAUUAGCUUUAGCAGAUGUCCAGGUGCCACAUAAAAAAGUGCAAUCAUUAUUGACAGUUUUUUAGAUUAGGCAUGAUAUUGGAAAACAACUUUAUCAAGAGUGAACAUUGUAUACUCUAGUAAAAACAGCAUCACUUUAAAAAUAUUCAUUUAUGAAAUCGUUACCUAUAGUUGAAGUCUUGAGUAGUGAACAAGGGACUCUAAAACAAAUACUCUUAAUAUCUGGUUAUCUUAGAUUCCCUUAAAGGGCAUAAUUAUUGGAAAUUUAGGUACUUCACUAAAGCAUGUAUAUAAUAUUGCCAACAAGAAAAAAUAAAUUCGAAGAUUAAGGGAACUUGAAAUAUUUCUGCCAACUGUCUUGGAAUAGUUAAACAGAAUUUAAACUCUGUUUUCAGCAGGAAACCAGAAAGAUCAUUUUGCAGUUAUAGAAGAUUUUGUAACUUAUUAAAACUUACUAACAUUUUGUGUUGUUUAGACAUAAGUAGUAGAUACAUACUAACAUCCCAGUCUUUUCAAUAUCAGGGAUAAAUUACAGGAAAACUCAGUAAAAUGGUACAAAUCUGAAACUUUGAUGGUAGAAACUUAAGAUUUAACAGAGAACUGUGUUUUACCCGAGUGCCAAAAAUGCCUUGAGCCUCCUUGCACAAAACGUACCAUUUCUGCAUUUUUAUAACAUCAGUGGAAAUAGUUGUUUCCCGUCCUCCUCCCAGGACCUCUCCACCAUCAAAACACACAAACCACAUGGCCUAGUUCAUCAUUUACAUUUAUUUUCUAUAGUUAUUACAACCAAAUUCUAUUUGAAGAAGUGUAGACAAAUUCUAUAAAGACUGUAGAUUGUGACCUAACUAAGAAAGACAUGAGGGACACAGAGGCAAAGAAGCAAACACUGAAUUAAAUGCUACAUGGGUGACUAAGAUCUGUUUCAAGUCAGAGAUAAUAUAGCUACUCCCAGGUGCUUUGCACCAGAGGUCAGGUCCUAUCUACAGCUGACUAUCCUUGUCCUUGGAUAUGAUAUAAUUGACUGUUGGCUCUACAGUUUUGUUGGGCCACUUAAGAAAUAUUUCCUUCAAUACUUAUUUUGAGAAAAAGUCUAAAGAAAAUAAUAAAAAUAAUUUUAAACACAUUGUAGUAAGAAAUGAUUGUUCAAAAAUUAUGCUUUCACUUUCUACCAUAUUCUCAGCUAUACAAAACCAUUUAUUUUGAAUAUUUUUAGACUACUGUUAAUUUGAAAUCUGUUCAUCUUAUUGUGGAAUUUGUUUUUUGUUUUUUUUUUUUAAAAGAUGUCUCUAAUUGGAUUUUUAAAAGAAUGGAAUUUGGUUGCUAUUUUACAAUAGAACCUAAGCUUUUUGUGGUUCUUAAUGUCCUAUGUAAAACUUAGUGUCAAAGUAAUCAACUUUGAGAUUUUCCCUUCUUUUCUGCUUUAUAUUAAAAGCCCAUUAGAAAGUGGGAACCCGGUGAAAAUAUAAUGAAUUGUAAAAUAUUUUAAUGUGUAACUUUUUCAACUGUGAAACUAUUGAUUUUUUGAUGAAAACAGCUGCUGAUAAAGUAUUUUGUGUAAAGUGUAGUUCUUACUAAUCAGGAAAAUGAUGACUUGAUUAGACUGUAUAUGCCCUCUUGGAUUUUAUUUUCAAUGGAUUGAUUUUCACAUAGGUAAAACACAGUCCAUCUGUAUUCUUUUUUCCAUCAAAAAUCAAGUGAUUUGGAAGUAUAAAAAAAAUUGUGAGCAGCCUAUUUGAAAGGCAUCAUGGAAAUUUCACAGCACAUGGAGGUUUUUUUUCUUAAUGAUGUAAAUCUGUUUAAUUCAUAUUUCAAUCAAUAGCCCAUGCUUGCCAACUCUGAAGAAAUUUAAUUUCCAGCAGUAUUUUAUAGCUAGCCUGUUAACUUUUUCUGAAUGUUUAAAGUUCCUCUUUUUUCUACGUCUGCACAAACUGCAGACCUGGGCUGGACCCACAUACUCAGUCCACCUUAAGAAAUUAUUUUGAUGUCCAAGACAUCACUAAAAUACAUCAGUUCAAAGAUAAUAUAUGGUGUUAAUAGAUUGUGGUGCUUUCACUAUUUAAAGACAACUUUCAUACUUCAGCUGCUUUUGAGAAGAGGGGAAUGUGAAGGGAGGGGCUGAACAGGGAGGAGCUGUUUGAAUGAAUUACAUUCUUUACAUCCAACCUGCUCAUUUGGGGCAUGUCUAAGAGAAGGCUGAAAGUUGUGAGUAUAUUAUAUGCCAUACAGGAAUUAACUUCAUCAUGGAUGGGAUUGUGAAGGCUGAACUGUAAAACAGCACUGACAGCAUCCUCAGAUGAUAAUUCUUGGUGACAAUACAGCUGGGCUGUUUUUUUAAGAUAUAAACUCAAAACCAUUUCUAAUUAUUACAUUAAAAAUUGUAAAUAUAUCUAUGUGCCAUGGCCUGGGAAGCCUGUUUUCUUUUUUCACAAAUAUUAUUUUUACUCUGAAAAGAUUAUGGGUUUUAGCUCAAAAUAUCUGUGGUACUGAUAAAAUUGGAUUGGUAACUCUACCUCAGAAGAAAAACGGGGAAAAAAAUAGAUGAGUCACAAUUCCAUACUUCAGGCUCUGAUACUACAGAAAUUGUGCAGAUCACUGAAUGUUAGAUUUAUAAAGUCAGAGUUGGCAUGCCUAGUUUUUAACUGUAAGGAAGACCAUAAGAAAACACUGGGCUGAAGUUUAAUCAUUGUUCCAGCCAUUUGAAAAAGGCAGUAGUUCGAAGAGGUUCCCAAAUUCGGCAUUUGAAAUUCAUUUUCUCUCUUUCUUCAUUAGUAGUGAAUUUGGUGUGUAUAUACUUGCACACGAUUCUGUGUGUAUACACGCUGCUUGCUUAGCCCUAGCCAAGAGGAUCUUCUAUAAAAGGUGUAAAGAAAUACCAAAGUUCUAAAAUUCAGAAGAGUUUAGACUUUAUUAGUAGUCUCCCAAGUUGGGACAUUAGUCUUUAAAUAAACGUAUUUCAUUCGUGUAUUACACUAAUGGUUUUGCACCUCCUUUUUAUGGGAGCAGCCCCAGCUUGAUUCAGGUAUGUUAAUACUCCAGCCCUGGUAGUUGGCAUCAAGUGACAGGUGUGAGCCGUAAGAUUUUGUGAGUUAGUUUUUACACAACUGCAUAUUAAAGAGUUUUAGUGGAGAAAAAAGUGAAAGUAUUCAUUGUGCAUACAUAGUAGUUAGGUAAAUGAUUUUUGCUACCAACAGUAUACUCCAUUCUUCAUGUAGGUAAGUACAGAAAAGGAUUUCAAAUGUAUUUUGUUACCCAAUUAAAGUCUAUGGAUCUAUCUGCAACCUUAUUUAAUCUGUCACUACAAUAAUUCUGUGGUUAUGCUAAGAACCAUGUAUAUUUUAGGUAUUAUGAUUCUUGUCAAUUUUUCUAGGUUAGCAAGGAGGCAGAAAACCUUCAUUGUUUCAUAUUAAAAUAUAAUUAGACCAAACAAUUCUAGUAUGAAUUUCCAAAAUUGUGAUCUAUUUCAUUUUUAUUUUAUCUUGUUUUUGUUUCAUUUUUAAAAGUCCCUUGUUCAAUUGAGUUUAUGUUCCAAAGAGCAGCUGGAGAACUCGGCCUUCAUCUGAUUUCGGAAAUGUUUUUGGCUCUGGAACCCGAGUUUCAAAUGAAGUUAAUGGUUUCAGUGUGAUUUAGUCCUCAGACCAAACUGGGUUGAGUAAAAUCUAAAAGAAUAUA